AUGUCGGUCGAAGCACGACAUCCUUCCCAGAUUGUCGUACUCACCAUAGUGUACUACUCCCUCCUUCUAGAUAAUGUGCUUCUAACAGUAGUCGUUCCGAUUGUCCCGGAUUACUUGAUAACUGUCGAAGCUGAGUCGAGAACAGGUUUGAGUCAAAACAGAACGUUGGCUUUAUACGAAGAAGCUCUCGGAGAGGAAAACUCCAGAGUCGGUCUGCUUCUGUCGUCGAAAGCCGUGGUGCAGCUGGUCGUAAACCCGAUCGUCGGCUUCGCUGCAAAGUCGGUUGGCUACACACUUCCACUUUUCGUCGGAUCGGUCAAUCUCCUUACUUCUUCCUUAUUAUUCGCUUUCGGGGAAAGUUACUUAUCCCUAUUCAUGGCCAGGAGUCUGCAAGGUCUGGCUUCGGCGUGUAUCGGCGUGGCAGGGAUGUGCCUUGUGGCGGAAUACUACCCUGUGGAGAAGGAGAGGAGCCGGCUCAUGGGCAUCGUCUUGGGCUCGGUCGCCCUCGGCGUCCUCCUCGGAUAUCCAUUCGGUGGCUUUUUGUAUGACUUCGUCGGAAAGACGGCACCCUUCUUGGGUAUUGCUUUUCUCUCAGUAGUCGACGUUGGUCUCCAACUUACAUUUUUGGAUUUGAAACUGCCUUCCCAGAGUUGCUGUGGAAAGACUAGUUGGAAGAAGCUGAUGAGCGAUGGAUUAGUCAUGCUGACCGCCGGUGCCAUUUGGCUGUCGACCUCGGUAAUGGCCAUUUUGGAACCCUGUCUUCCUUUAUGGUUGAUGACAACUAUAAAACCAGAGAAAUGGGAGCUUGGCACUGUAUUCAUACCAGACAGCAUUGGAUACCUCAUUGGCACCAACUUCUUUGGUGCUAUUGCUUACAAACUCGGUGGUUGGCGAGUGGCGAUUGGUGCCAUGCUGCUAGUUGCUAUAUCGGCCAUUUUGAUUCCCACGGCUUCGACCAUGGAAGGCUUGAUUCUACCACAUCUAGGUGUCGGCCUUGGCAUAGGAGUGAUCGAUGCAGCACUCGUGCCUCUCCUGGCAACACUUGUCGAUUCAAGGCACUCCGCAAACUAUGCUGUUGUGUAUGCUUUGCAACAAACAGCUGUAGCAUUAGCAUAUGCAUUAGGCCCAAUGCUAGGAGGAGAGCUGGCACACUUGAUGGGCUUUCCUUGGCUCAUGAGAUGCAUUGGCAUUAUCAACUUGCUUUACUGUCCUCUGCUCGCUCUCCUUGCUACGGAUUACAAAAAGCCAGAGGCUCAGCCAGUGGCAAAUGACCAAGUUGUUCGCUACAACGGUCUUCAAAAAUAUAACAGAUUUUCAAAUGCCGACAGUGAUUAGGUGGUACUGUUUGUUGAAGUAUUAAAUAAUUUUUUCCUUUUACAAAAUAAAACCCCUGUUUUAAGAACAAAACAUAUUCAAAUUUUUAUAAUUAUGUUUAUUGUUUUCAACCUUAAUCCCCAAAAUGGUCUUUAGAAUUUGAAGGAAAAAAAAAUGAAAUCCAUUUAUCUACAGCUACAUACUAACUACUAAAAAAAAAAACCAAAAAAAAACAACAGUUUUUUCAAAAUAUGUUGUAAGGAGGAACGUGAGCUUUUCUCGAGUUCUUUUUGAAGAAUAUUUAUCUUUUUUUGGUAAAGUUUAUUGUAAUAAUUAUUAUAUUAUAAAGUGAUUGUAUACAAUUAUAUUGAUGAACUUCAGUAGCAUGAGCUGGUUUGUAUUUUCUACAUUAAUUAAUACAAAAUGGCUUUUGUUGGAAAAGCAAUGUAUCACGUGUUAUCAUUAACUUCACUGUUUUGAUAAUAGAUUAUGCUAAUCAUAAAAACUUACU